CGUGACUACCCCAAUAAAUCCUAAAUUUUCGUCAUAGAUGGCCAAGCCUGCACCGCUCGUGUUUUGCCGCUAUCAAUCAACCUGCUCGUAUCACAGAUUCCCCGCGCUGCGCUUGUCAGACCGAGUCAGUGACGCCCAUCUAUUGUUCCCACCUCGCAGAUAUAACUCUCAAUCCUGACUGUCAGGGCCUGAAAAGGGUUAUGAACUUUCUUUCGAUGAUGCUUCACGCCCAUGCUUACACACGUCAGCCAUGACCUCUUCUAUCGAAGCUUAAACCACAGACGCCGUCCUUUACGCUUGGCGUUGGGACGAUAAGCGUUCACCAAGCAUUAUCAUAAACCCCACGACCUUCCCCAGUGCUAUAUGUCCUUAGCUCACUGUUCUGAUUGCGGCCCCAGACUCCCUCUUGUUCAGAAAUACCAGCAUGUCCGCUAUUACAAGUGCACAAAACGGUGCCUCCAUUGUCUCCUCUGCCUCCCCUCCCGGGAGCCAAUUGACGGAGCAGCUUAGACAAAAGAUGACCGGAUUGGAGGGUGCAGCUAGACUUGCGGGGUCUGGCACUGAGACUCCAGCUAAAAGUCGCUCCCCAAUGAAAGGUCGUUCUCUUUCUGACGCUUCUUCACGGACCCUGUCCUCCGCUUCACCGAAUCCCCUAAAUAUCCAACGCACCAAGGAUGAUACGGCUGUAACAGCAGCUCCAGCAACGCCUCACAGGCCCGAUGGCCUUGCGCAUGGACUAUUGUUACAAAUGCCGUCGAGAAUGUUUGGGAGCCCUGUCGCAGGAGGACAUCGAGUUCCCCUCUCCCCAAAACUGGAUUCUUCACACAUAUACGGUUCACCCGCCUCAGUAUUACCACGACGGUCCAGGGGACUGGAUUUUUCCCGCGCAUGCACGAACCUACAUCAUUCUACCCUUGCCGAAUCGUCGCCGGACUCCUCCCCCGUCGUUCUUGGUCGUGGAGUAGCUAUACCCAAUCGUCGAAGCACCAUCAACUCUACAGGAAUGGGUUCUCCAAACAUGUCAGGCGGUACAUGGCAAUCCUUCGGCCACGGUGAUCGGACUGUCAUAUCCAGCUCCGUGAGUAGUGUCAACAUGUUCGAAUCUGAUACUACUAGUAGUGGCGACGAGGAUGAGGACGAAUCCAUGCAUAUCAUCGAUAGAGAGGAUCCGAUCCUAUUGACCCCACAAAUGGCUCGUCCGGGAAAUACGUUUUCAACGCCGUUUUCCCCCAGCACAGCUCAAAGUCCUGGUGGCGAUUGGAUGAGCGGGCUUUCUGCCGCCAAAGCUAGCCUCAUGAGCUUCCAACGUGCUCGGCUGCGCAGUGGUAGGAGUAGACAUAGCUCGAGCAGCAAUAGUGGUAAUAGCUCGAAACUCAGCCCAGGCCCAAUAUCUCCCCCUGUCUUAAAAAGCGUUGAGAGCUCUGCUACUGGCUAUUUCCCCAGAGAAAUGUCAAUGAGCGAAGUCAAGUCACGCCGGGAAAGCUUAAGCCUUGGCACUAGCGACCUUCACCUGUCAGACCUGAGCGAUGAUGAGAGUCGGCUAGCACGGGUCGGUAGCCCUUCCAGUGCUCCAUUACCCGGAGGCACCAACAUAGAAAGCGGACCUCAUGGUGUAAUUCGACGCCCGGUAACGAGGAGAGGGAAUUUACUGCCAAAAACGAAGAACUUCGCCCGGAUCAGGGCAGCGCUGCUUGAAGAAGUUGCCCCUGUUGAUUUCGAGUGUCAGCGCGAAGCGGAAGUUAUCCGGCAGGUUCGUGAGAGCGAAGGCGGCGAAUUACCUCCGCUUUCCCCAUCGUUGACAUCCCCGCUGGACUUGUCGGAUUCCCAUAAUAUAGAUGUUGCGAGGGAUGUUGCCACCAGUCUGUCUAUGGGAGGGCGAUCAUCAUCAAACAUUUUCACCAACCACCAAGCCACUGGUUUAGGACGCUUAAGUGCCUUUGAUACCCGAUACCAAACACCACCACCCCCUACCAACCAACUAAUUGGCUCCUCCAACCCCACCUCUACCAGCGACGCAAUGAUGCAAACACCACCAUCCACAUUCCUGAUCGCUCCCGGCCAACACGCUACCUCCACCAUCAACAGCAUCUCGCAACUAUCCAACGCCGCUGGCCCAUCACGUGUCGAAGCUGAAGCAUCGCGCAAAAACAACAAACGCAGACGCGAUGAGAUGAUCGAUAUGAACACCUUCAAGCGGCGGGCGGUGUCGCCGGGGAUGUGUUUGCAGAAUAGCCCCGUUGGGGCGUCUCAGCCGUCGUCGUCGGGGUCGUCAACUUCAUAUUUUAGUAAGGACAGUACUAGUCGGUUGGAAGGUGGUGGCCAGGGGCAGCUACCGCAGCAGCAGUCGAAGAAUCCUGUGACUUCGACUCCUGGGAAGACGGGGCGGGGAGGAGAGGGUGGUACUAUGAAGAGGGUUGGGAUGCAGGGAAUGAAUGAAACGAAUGACGGGCUGAUGAAUAUGAGCAUUGACUGAAUGGGCGCGGAGGGGAAUUGGGGGAAUUUAUAUUCUUGUGUGUCGUUAACGAUUUUCUUUUUCAUUUCCUAUCCCCUUUCCUUCUAUUGCAAUGAGAUUUUCGUCUGCAUAUUCGGGAUCUACUGUGGUUUUCGCUUAUUACAUCUGUGGGUAUUUAGCGGAGGCGCGUGGGAUUUUUUUCUUUUUUUUUUUUAUGACAUCCUCAUUUACGAGUGUUCCUUUUCAUUAAUGCACAUUUUUCUUGAGUUAUUUCAUGUACAAUUUGCUAUUACCACCCAAAUAUCAGCUACCUAAGUUUCAACCACUUCUCAAGACAGAAUGACAUUUUUCUAAAUCAUGUCAGACGGC